CCGCGCCGCGCAGCCGGGCAGCCGGGCGCGCCGGGGGUGGGUCCCUCUCCCCAGCCCGGCUCUGCGUGGAAGAAGAGGGCGGGGACCGGCGCGGGGAGGAGAGCGGAGGAGGAGAAGGGGGCAUGACUCGUGCAACUUGCGGCGGGCAUCCACCGAGCCUCUGAGCCGCCGGCGGCCCGGGGCCGGGAUUGCGGCCGCGCCGAUCGCACCCAGCCCACCCCGCCCCGGCCGACGGCUACGGCUGCGGCUGACCUGGAUCCUCGGAGCGCCCGCCGGCCGGCAGCGAUCGACCUUCGUCUUCCGGGCUGGUUUCUGGAGCGCGGGGAGCGCUCUCCUCGCGGCCCCUCUCGCCGGACCCCCGGACCCCGAUGGCUCGGAUGGGGCUUGCGGGCGCCGCUGGACGCUGGUGGGGACUCGCUCUCGGCUUGACCGCAUUCUUCCUCCCAGGCCCCCACGCCCAGGUGGUCCAGGUGAACGACUCCAUGUACGGUUUCAUCGGCACGGACGUGGUGCUACAUUGCAGCUUUGCCAACCCGCUGCCCGGCGUGAAGAUCACCCAGGUCACGUGGCAGAAGGCGACCAACGGCUCCAAGCAGAAUGUGGCCAUCUACAACCCAGCCAUGGGCGUCUCCGUGCUGGCCCCCUACCGCGAGCGCGUGGAAUUUCUGCGGCCCUCCUUCACCGACGGCACCAUCCGCCUCUCCCGCCUGGAGCUGGACGACGAGGGAGUCUACAUCUGCGAGUUCGCCACCUUCCCCGCCGGCAAUCGAGAAAGCCAGCUCAACCUCACCGUGAUGGCCAAACCCACCAACUGGGUAGAGGGUACCCAGGCAGUGCUUCGAGCCAAGAAGGGGCAGGAUGACAAGGUCCUGGUGGCCACCUGCACCUCGGCCAAUGGGAAGCCUCCCAGCGUGGUGUCCUGGGAAACACGCCUGAAGGGCGAAGCGGAGUACCAGGAGAUCCGGAACCCCAACGGCACGGUGACCGUCAUCAGCCGCUACCGCCUGGUGCCCAGCCGGGAAGCCCACCAGCAGUCCCUGGCCUGCAUCGUCAACUACCACAUGGACCGCUUCCGGGAGAGCCUCACCCUCAACGUGCAGUAUGAGCCCGAGGUGACCAUCGAGGGGUUUGAUGGGAACUGGUACCUGCAGCGAAUGGACGUGAAGCUCACGUGCAGAGCCGAUGCUAACCCCCCCGCCACCGAGUACCAUUGGACCACGCUGAAUGGCUCUCUCCCCAAGGGCGUGGAGGCCCAGAACAGAACCCUCUUCUUCAGGGGGCCCAUCAACUAUAGCCUGGCAGGGACCUACGUGUGUGAGGCCACCAACCCCAUCGGCACGCGCUCGGGCCAGGUGGAGGUCAACAUCACAGUGCGGUUGAGGAGAUUCAGCCCCCUGACCUCUCGGGGCCAAGGGAGGGAGCACAGGAGCUAGGAUGUUCUGCGGGAGGCCUCCCAUGGGCCAUGACAGGAGCCACGGACGUCAGUGUCCGACAGCUGGGACGUGGACGGUGCUCUGGAUAUGGGGAUAAGACGAGGUGCCUGGAGGCUUGUUG